ACUCCCCAAUCUAAAGUCGUGUCUUAGCAUAGAAAUGACGCCUCUCCGCUCUGCGGCAGGUUAAUUCCGGCUCCAAUCCCUCCAAAGAAAAUCAAAAACAGAUUUAUUGAAAAUAAUAAUGUACCUGAAAAAGCCGUUUUGGAGCGAGACCUUGAACUCGCAGGCGGAAGCGGAGCCGCAAUCACCGGUUCUUGAGCUGGUGAAAUCGCUCGACAAGCAGAGACUGUAUCGCGAGGUGACACUCGCACUUCGAACCGGUCUCCGAGAAGCCCGCGCCGAGUUCUCGUUCCUCCGAAUCCGUGGACUCCGUAGCAUUCUCAAGUUCCUCCGAGCCGUUGCUGAAUCAGAUGAGACGAUUAAUCUCUUCUGCCACUCGCAAUCCAUUCCCGAACUCCAAGUGGUGCCAGUUCUUUUUCAACACUCACUUAAAGAGGUUGAGGAUCAGACUGUGACUAAUUUGGGUCACAUAUUUACUGUGGAACCUAUGAAGAUAACUAGUCCGUCAACUGAUGACGAAGUGGCUCUUGCAUUACGACUGCUUGAAGGAUGUUGUCUUCUGCAUCCUGAGAGCACCAUCUUGGCUCAUCAACACAAGGCAAUUACGGUUUUGAUGAAUAUUUUAUCAACUCGCGGAGUACUUGAGCAAGGUGCAUGUCUUGAUGCCUUAAUUGCAAUUAUGCUGGAUUCCUCUUCCAAUCAAAUGGACUUUGAGGCAUGCAAUGGCAUUGAGGAAGUUGCUCUUCUGAUAAGGGAUAAACAAGUAGAGGAAAAUCUAAGGUUGAAAUGCGGGGAAUUUUUGUUGCUUCUUAUUGGACAUGUAAAUGGAAGGGAAACACCUCCAAUGAUGACAAUACACGAGGAUGUAAGGCGAUUCCUGGGGGAAAAAUCUGCCUCCUUAAUAUGGGCAGCAAGCCAAUUUGGAUCCACCCUAGAUCCGGAUCAACGAUUGACAGCUUUACAUAUUCAAGCCCGUAGGGUUCUUGAGUCAAUUGAUCUUUACUGAAAGCAAACUUCGAGAAUGGAGCUGUUGGCAUCACAAUGAUUCUCACAAGCACUUAAAAUGUCUCGCAGACUGUGAGUGAUUGUGCUCUCUUGUAUCAUGUUUGUUGUACAUAAGAUUUACAGCACCGAAACAUCAUAUUAGACCUGCUCCAGUCUCAUUUGUGCUGUUAAAUUGUCCAAUACCUCAUAAAUCUCUUCAGCUCUCUUGUGAGAUGUGUCGCAUGCCAUAAAGACAUGACUUUCAUGUUUAUCCUCGAUCCAACUGAACCCUGGAUUUUUAUGCAGUUCAUCCUCAUU